AGUUCAAGGGAAGAUGGCGUCGACCAAGCGGGUGCUGUAUGUGGGUGGUCUUGCUGAAGAAGUAGAUGAGAAAGUGCUUCAUGCAGCUUUCAUUCCAUUUGGUGAUAUCAUGGACAUUCAAAUUCCACUGGAUUAUGAAACUGAAAAACACAGAGGUUUUGCAUUCAUUGAAUUUGAAAAUGCUGAGGAUGCUGCAGCUGCCAUUGAUAAUAUGAAUGAAUCUGAACUUUUUGGCAGGACAAUCCGAGUAAAUCUGGCAAAGCCCAUGCGGAUUAAAGAGGGAUCCUCAAGAGCAGUGUGGUCAGAUGAUGACUGGUUAAAGAAGUUUGCUGGUAAGACUCUAGAAGAGAAUGAAAAUGGAGAGCAGGGAGGAAAUGAUGGAAACACACAAACGCAGGAGGGUGAACCACCAGCCAAAAAAACAAGAACCAAUCCUCAAGUCUACAUGGAUAUUAAAAUUGGCAACAAGCCCGUUGGCAGAUUACGCUUUCUAUUACGAGCUGACAUUGUUCCAAUGACUGCAGAGAAUUUCCGUUGUCUGUGUACACAUGAGAAAGGAUUUGGCUUCAAAGGCAGUAGUUUCCAUCGAAUCAUCCCACAGUUCAUGUGUCAGGGUGGUGACUUCACCAACCAUAAUGGAACUGGAGGGAAAUCUAUCUAUGGCAGGAAGUUUGAUGAUGAAAACUUUAUCCUAAAACACUCAGCACCAGGUUUACUAUCAAUGGCAAAUUCUGGAACAAACACAAACGGCUCUCAGUUCUUCAUUACCCUUGACAAAACAGACUGGUUGGAUGGAAAGCAUGUGGUAUUUGGGGAAGUGGUGGAGGGAAUGGAUGUAGUCAAACAGAUUGAAGCUCAAGGUUCUAAAGAUGGAAAACCAAAGCAGAAAGUGAUCAUCUCGGACUGUGGAGAAUAUGUGUGAUUCCAGUGCCUGCAAAGCAUGGCUUCUGGGGGACUCCAAUCUUUUUUAUUAUAGUCAGUGUUAUCUGUAAAGAUUUUUACUGAUGUGAACACUUGUAAAUACCUCCAAUAUGUAAAGUAAAAAUUUUUUCUAAAACCAAA